AUGAAACCCCUCCCCUUCCCCCUCGCCCUAAACAUCGGCACCGACAUCGUCCACCUCCCCCGCAUAACCCGCCUCCUCCAAAGACCCAACUACCUCACCCGCUUCACACGCCGCAUCCUCAGCGAGCACGAACAACUCGACUUCCAAACCCGCUUCAAAGAUACCCUCCCACCACAUCUCCACCCUUCCUCCCCUCAAACACCCACGCGCGCGCAAACACAGACAAUUGUCACACCGGACAUGACCCGCUGGCUAGCCGGCCGCUUCGCCGCCAAAGAAGCCGCGCGCAAAGCCGCGCCGGACGGGGCUGCUUCGUUGGGGUGGAAGGAUGUCGAGGUUCGUGUACCGCGUGAUAAUCAUCAUCAAGGGGAAGGGAGGAAGGAGGGUGAUAGGAGUGGUGUGGGGGGGGGGUUCGUACAACAGGAGGGGACGAGUCGGAGGCCGGAGAUUGUGUUUUUGGGGGGUGGAGAGGGUAGACCGGAUCGGUUGGGACGGUUGUCAAUUUCGCAUGAUGGUGAGUAUGUUGUUGCGACUGUUUUGGCGGCUGGUUGA